AUGGAAAAGCUAAACUUGGUGGGACACGUAGCCCUAACGGAGAAAGAUAAGAUGAAAGCCUACCUUAAAGGGCUACCUGCAGACAUGAUGGUAAUGGUUAGGAACUUAAGAGCUUCCACCCUCAGGGAAGCAAUCGAAGAAGCCAAGGUCUUGGAAUCAGCUUAUGUUAAGGGGAAGGAAGAAAGGGUGCCGGGUGGUGAGAAGAGGAAGUGGGAAGGGCCCUACACACCAUCCAAAAAGCCAAACCACUUUGGCAACAACAAUCGCGGAGCCCAUCCCAAACAAGAGACAAGAUGGUGUCCCAAGUGUCGCAGCAAACAUCACGGCCCGUGUAGCACCAACUCUACCCCCACCAAAUGCUUUAAGUGUGGGAAGGCAGGCCACACGCGAAACGAGUGUCCAAUCAAGGGACCCAUAUGUUUUGGAUGCGGGGAACCGGGCCAUUUCAAGAAUGAUUGCCAAAAGUUGAAAACAGGUGGGAGUCAAGGAAGAAAAGAGGGCGCCCCGAAAGCAACCAGCCGAGCCUUUCAGAUGACGAAAGAAGAAGCUAAGACGUUGACGGAUGUAGUGUCGGGUACGUUCCUUGUUAACUCUGUACCUGCUCACGUACUUUAUGAUCCGGGUGCUUCAUGUUCCUUUGUGUCCACUGCAUUCUAUCAACACUUGCAUACGCCACCUAGUACACUAGAAGAUGCGUUAAUGAUAGAGAUAGCUAAUGGUAGUCAAGUUUUGGUGCGCGAAAUUGUUAGAUGUUGUGUUUUGGGGAUUGAAGAAAAGGAAUUUCGGGUGGACCUCAUACCCAUGGCUAUAAGCGGUCUCGAUAUCAUAAUCGGGAUGGAUUGGCUAGUUAAGAACCAAGCAGAAAUCUUAUGCUCUAAAAAGCUGAUCCGAAUUCCUUUGUCAAGCAGGGACGCAGUGCUAGUUUAUGGAGAAUGGAGGAAAGGGAAUGCAGUACUCUUAUCUAUGGCGAAGGCACGUAAGUGCCAAGCUAAGGGAUGCGCCUCAUUCAUUGCGUAUGUGUUGGACACCAAGCUAGAGUUAAGAAAAAUUGAAGACGUGAAGGUGGUUAGAGAAUUUCCCAGAUGUAUUUCCGGAAGACUUGUCCGGUUUACCACCCGUUAG